CUAUUCUACUGAUCCGAACGAUCCAUGGAAUUUGGCUACAACUUAUGAUUCUAUAAAUCCUAAUGGCACAAUUGAAGGAACUUCACUUAUUGAACCUCCUACUGUGACUACAAAUAUGUUUAUGUCGAUGAGCUCAGCAAUUGCAGCUGUUUAUAUGAUGCUAAUGGGAGACACUACACCCAUUUCUAACUGGGAUUUAGAUAGUAAUUCCACUUUACUUAUUUUGACUAUCGUAUUCUCUUUUGUGGCAACAAUUUAUUUAAUAAAUUUGAUACUUGGAAUACUAAGCAAUGAAAUAAGUGGUUCAAGAGAAUCAUUUUUAAGUCUAAGAGCUGAGGUAUUGGAGGAAAUUGAAUUAUUUUAUAUGUUACCUCACCAGCGAAGAAAAGAAAAUUGGUUUCCAUAUGUCAUUUUCUAUGAAUGUCAUACACUUACGCUUCGAGAACAU